AUGUCUGUCACACUAUACAACACCACCUCUUCCGCCUUCAAUUUCACUGGUAACAAAAACGGUCUCCACGAUCCUCCCCAGCAGAUCAGCCCAGGUGAUGAGGCAGAGAUCCGCUACACUCCAGGGCAGCCUAGCGUAAUGUGGUAUAUCGACGAGGAUAGACAGGGUCCACUUUGUAAACAUUAUCGUGUCUUCCAAGAAUCUCAUUCCCAAUCAGAGGCCCUCCUGACACAAUAUUCCCUUCUGAAUCCCAUCUUUUCCCACACUCUCGUUCAGCCUAGACGGGAAAAUGACUGGGACCUCCUAGAAACAGCGAUUACCCUUCCUGAAGACAGUGAUCAAUGGAUCACUGGGCAUUAUAUGGCCUGGUGGACGCAGCACAGCUACGCCAUUUCUACUCUCCUCAUGAAUGUUCUCAACACUCCCAUGCAUCUAGGCGUGCACGGUAAUGUCCUACGCACGCUCUGUCGGCAAGGCGCCCCUACGAACGAUCUUUCGACAACCGACCGUUUCAGCCUUGCCGACAGAGCCAUGUUCUGCGGUGAUCACAAAGAACCUGACUGGCGAAGCGGCCCAAAACCACACCAGUCCCUUUGCCUGUUGCCGCCGUCGCCAGUAACAUCACCUCCUUCAAUACCUCCUCCUCCUAUACAGUCCUUGGAGCCGCCGCCCAUGACCGAUGUUCUUCGGUACUUGCAUAGGAGCCUCUCACCCAGCCAGCAAGUCUCUGCUCGGUGGGGUGUAUUUGUACUGUCAAUAUAA